AUGGUGCGCAUUGAGGAUAACGGUGAGCCAGGCUGCAAAACUUCGGCUGAAGUUAAUCAACGAUUUCGAAAUUUCGAAGAUCCGACCUCAUAUUGGCAAUGCGGCUUGCAAGGAGAGCCAGCCAAAGCUGUGCGCUGCGAACCGAACAAACUUUACUCUGAGGAGGAACAGAAAUGUAUAUUCUGGAAAAAUUGGCAUUGGAUGGAUCCAAAAGAACCACCCAGUCGACCUAGCAAAACCAAAACUAAAUAAUAGGUUUAAAGAAAACCAAUUAAU